UCUCGAUGGUUUGGCAGUUGGAUUUCGGCAAUCGUUGCACUAUGAAGUCGGUUCAAUUGAGUUUUCUGCUCUUGGCAGCGCUCUUCAGCAGUUCGCAUCAGCUUUCCAAGCCGGAAGAUCCCACCUAUACGGCAGCAGUGGUGGAGCACAUCGAGGCAGUGGGCAAUUCUCCACGGACACGCACCAUCUGGGCUUCGGAAUCGUUUCAAAAGAUCAUCCGCGAAGUGGGUGAUGUGGACAUCAUAGUGUUUCCCGAGCACAUACUCAAUAGCCAGGCAACGGCCACCUUUGUGCCCCACGAGAACCAGAGCAUAACGCCCUGCUACCAAACGGACUACGAGCUGUUCCUCAUCGAACUGUCCUGCGCGGCGAGGGCUAAUGGCAUAUACGUGGUCAUAAACGUGGUGGAGAAGGAACUGUGCGCCCAUGGAGCUGGUUCCGAUACCUUCAAUCCUUGUCCUCCCACUGGAGUUCGCUACUUCAACACGAAUGUGGUGUUCGACCGAAGGGGCAGGAUAAUCUCGCGGUACAGGAAAUCGCAUUUGUGGCGACACGAGUAUGACUCAACAUCGGUGUUGCGAACACCGGAUAUAUCCAUAUUUAGCACAGACUUUGGCGUUACCUUUGGCCACUUCAUCUGCUUUGACAUGAUGUUCUAUGAUCCAGCAGUGAAAUUGUUGAGGGAGCACAACAUCACGGACAUCGUGUAUCCCACCUACUGGUUCUCGGAACUGCCAUUCCUGGGUGCUGUGCAACUGCAAGAGGGUUGGGCAUUUGGUAACGAUGUUAAUGUCCUGGCCGCAGAUGCCAGUAAGCCAGCUGGACGCACUUCCGGUUCGGGUAUCUAUGCAGGACGCGGUGGCCGUCUGGUGGCGGAGAUAUUCGAGCAGCCCACCACCAAGGUGCUGAUUGCGGAUGUGCCGAAGAGGCAGCAUGGCCAAUUGUCACCCACUUUUACGCCGCUGUUCACGCCGCAGUGGAAAACGCAACGAUUGACCGGCUUGGCCACCUACCGGGAUAACAAUGUGGAUGUAUUCGAGAGUGAACUGUUGGCCGAGGACUUUCUCAGUUUCGAACGCCAGUUGUGCCACGGCAGCUUUUGCUGCUCCUUCGCCAUCGAACGGAAGGCGAACAGCCCCGCGGAGAACGAGGUGACCAGCAGUGAGGCCAAGUCGUAUCGCUAUAGGAUCGGCGUCUACUGGGGCAACCAGACCACCGUCAUUGGAGUGGAUCGUACCGAGCAGGCCACUUGUGCGCUCUUUGCCUGCACGGAUGUGCGUACCGCCAGCUGUGGCUACAUAUUCCCGGAGAACGAGGAGGUCAUCAAUACGCACCAUUUCACCAAGCUAAGCAUCUCGGGCAAUUUUCCAGCUGCUCCUCGUGGCCGUCGCUUGAUCAUGCCCAGCACCUUGAAUGCUCUAUUCCUGCCCGUUUCGGUGUCCGAUUAUGAAUGGAGUGAGUCACCAGAGGCGGCAAAUAAUGUAGAUAAGCCCAUAUUGGUCGAUUUGAAACUGGCAAAGUCGCAAAACGAUCUGCUGACCUUUGCCAUUUGGGCCAACUAUUACACCGAAAUACCCAGCACCCACAAUUUGGACCACAUGCAGCCGAUCCAUGUCACCAGUCCCACGACUUCCACGACUUCCGCAUCUUCGGCUAUCUCGGCACUCUGGGUUUUAUGGGUCCUCAGCUGUCUCUGCAUCAUCGUAUUGUAGAUUCCCCAACGCAGGCAAUUGAAAUGUAAUAAAUCUCUGGGUCGUAAUACUUGGAAAUACUUUGUUUUCCACCCCUUUCACUUUCUGCUUUUUGCCCUUUACUAUUUGCUUAUCUAAGGACCCAUAUAAAUGAAGAACCAACAAAUUUGAUAUAACUUUUAUUGAAAUAUAUCCCGCUUGCAUUAUGGCCGUC